AUGACGUUCUUGGCUAAUCCUCACGCUGGUUACUACGAUGACGUUAACAAGAGUUACACUACUUGGUGGAUGAACAUGAACAACUUUGUUGAUCUUGUCUUGAGUCUGAUAUCAAUAGUCAUCUUUGUAUACCUAUAUCAGCAAAAGUGCCGAGUUGUGAAGGGGAAGAAUACUUGGUUUCAUCAGCAGGUAAUGUUGUUACACUGAUGUUAUUGUACUUUGUUUGGCUUUUAAAGCUUACUUUUGUGUUUCCAGAUGUUCAUCCAAAUAGUGCUUAUCCAUUCAUUUCAAUUGUCAACUUCAUUGUUCUUUAAUGUUGGAAGGUUUGUAGUUGCUAAUCGAACGUGGAAUCUCGCUUCAACUUUACUUUACCUUCUAUCUCAAGGUAAGUGUUAUUUAUGCCAUCUUCAGGACAGACUUUGGUACUUAA